CCUUAGUGGUCGAAAAGGAAAGAGCCAAUGAAAACACAAAAAUGGCGGUUCAGUUUUCCCUCUCUUUUUAAAAACGCAAAACCAAAAACCCUCUUUUUUUUUUCAUUUCCCUCUCCUUUUCUCCGCCUAAACUCAAAAUCUUACCAAAUUUUAAAUUUCUAGAUUUUCAUUUCAAGAACCCAAUCACUUUACAAAUUCACAGUAUACUUCCAUGAAUACCGAAACCCUAAUUCCUUUCGAAACCAUGGAUCAUUCAUCAUUCACAGCACCGCCAAUCCAAGAUUUGGAAGAAACCCAAUUCCAAGAUUCUGAUUCAGUUGCUGCAAAUAAUGGCAGUGAUCAAUCUUUAGAUGGUGAUUACAUGUGUUUAGUCCCUCUAUCAUCCAUUCCAACAGAAGAAGAGGAGCCUUUAAUCGAUCAUAAACCAGAUGAGUUUAAAGAUUCUCAAGAAGUUAAUCGUUUUGGUCAUGAUUGCAGUUGUAAUCUAAAUUAUGACCCGUUUGAUCUGUUUGAAGUCACGUGGCCUGGCCGGUGUGGACCGUGCUGCCAGUAUCGCUAUCCUCAUCCAAGAGAUCGCUGGAGAUGCGGACCAAAUGAUCAAGAAACUGUGCCUACUGGAGUGGGUGCUGGGCUUCGUAAUCUUGGAAAUACUUGCUAUGUUAAUGCAAUUCUGCAAUGUUUAACUCAUACAGUGCCGCUUGUUAUGGCUAUCCGUUCUUCCAAUCAUCCGAAUCCAUGCCACAGCAGUAGUGAAGGAUUUUUUUGUAUCGUCUGCACUCUUCGUGAUCAUAUUGAAUCUUCUUUAGCCUCUUCUGGAAAGGCUAUAUCACCUUACAGAGUCGUUAACAAUUUGAGACACAUUUUAUCCCGUUUUGAAGAAUACCAACAGGAAGAUGCUCAUGAAUUCCUUCAAUGCUUAUUGGAUAAACUUCGAAACUGUUGCCCGGAUACAGUCCUGAGUGAUGAGGAUAACAUAGUGGAGCGAGUAUUUGGGGGUCGCUCUAUAAGCAAACUGCGAUGUUGCAAAUGUGGCCACAUUUCUAAUAACUAUGAACCCCUGUUGGACAUGAGUUUGGAGAUUGAAGGUGUUGGAACUCUUCAAAGUGCUCUAGAAUCUUACACCAAGGUAGAGAAAAUGGAAGAUGAUGUAAAGUUUAUAUGCGACCAUUGUAAGGAGGAGGCAUCUAGGGAGAAGCAGCUUAUGCUGGACCAGGCUCCUUCUGUUGCUGCUUUUAUGUUAAAGAGAUUCAAGACUGAUGGAUCCUCCAUUGAAAAGAUUGACAAGCAUGUUGAGUUUCCAUUAGAGAUUGACUUGAAGCCCUAUGCGAACAUCAGCCAAGGCUGUGAUGAGAUUCAGGUGGAUCUAAACUAUCUGCUUUCUGCAAUUGUGGUGCAUAUUGGAGUGUCAGCUAAUUCCGGGCAUUACUUUUGCUAUGUCCGGUCCUCUCCAAGCACAUGGCACAAGCUGGAUGACUCCAGGGUAGUUAAAGUUGAAGAAGAAGAAGUGCUAUCUCAAGCUGCAUACCUUUUGUUUUAUGUUAGAGAGGGGACACCCUGGAUUUCCAGUUUGGCAGAUUCUUUCUUCUCAUUUACAUCACCCAGAUCAGUUUUAGACAGGGCAGUGACCGAAUCUGCUGCAUAUCCUCAUUCGGAGAAUCUCGACCAUUGCGAAUCUCGUGUAAGUAGAGGUGAUAUUGAGAGUACUUCAAACCACUUCUCUUGUGUAACAGUGGCUGAAAAGGACUGGACAGAUAAAACCUGGAAUGAUACUGAAGGGGUUUCAGCUGAGAAUUGUAACGGAUCUAGACAGAGUGAACCAAAAUUAUACUCUGACGAGUCUAAAAAGGAUACCUCUAUGAAUGAUGUUUCUAUGUGGCUUGAUACUAUUCUGCCUCCCGUUCAAGAAAAUAGGGCUGCUCAAGAUUCUGACAGAAUUGGAAGAAGUGAUGGCCAUCGUGAUCGUGAUCCACCAACUUUGCUAACACGUUCAAGUCCGCUUUCAAGUUGCGGAGGGCAGUCAGAAUCGAGACACAAUAGCAGGCGAGAUCAUAUGAAAGUGGAGCAUUCAGUAGAUUUUAAGAAACCGAAGAAGGGCGUAAGGGAUCAGAAAGCAGAAGCUUAUAAGUACAUUAAUAAUCAUAUGAGUAAUGCAAGGCGUAUGAAAUUUUUGGCUGCUAUUUCUCCUGUAAACGAGAAGAAAACAAGAAUUAGAUCAUUGCCAUGUAAACAGACGAGCCCUCCUCGCUCCCGCUCCGAAAUUCCUCGUCGCUCUGCGGUUUUACGUUGAGCAAUUAUCAGUUACUUGGCGGUGAGUGUAGUAUGAAUAUAAAGGUUCUAUGAAUAAGAAGAAUGAAUAUAUAGAGUUUGCAUAUUUGGUUUAUUGUGUAAUGUAUUUGAUGCUGCUGAUUUUGGAUAUGUAUAGUUAAAUUGACCCCCCACCCCCCCUUCAGUAUUUGACAGAA